CAGUUGCCAGUUCUAGUCCCGGGUUUAUUAAGGAGAGCAUCGUAUUCUGGCGGAGGCUCCGGCGUCGGGGCCAGGAGCAGUUCAGGAUCCUGCUGGGGAUAAUCCUCAUGCCAGCUUCUUUCUCAUCUUCUUCAAUGCUGAGAGAGGGGAUCUGGGGAAGCCCUAUCAGUAUAGGAAUCCUUUCAAGUCUCACCCUACUCUGCCCCAUCAGGAGAAAAUGGCGAAGUUUGCCAUGAACCAGAACCUGCCAGACCUGGGUGGCCCCUUUCUAUACAGGGACCAGGACGGUGGGGCUCGAAGUCCAUAUUCAGUGGAGACUCCUUAUGGCUUCCAGCUGGACCUGGAUUUCCUGAAGUAUGUGGAGGAUAUUGAAAGUGGGCAGGGCCUCCGUAGCAGAGCCCCAUUGCCCACCCGCCGACCCCGGGGACCCAGGCCUUCUGGCCCCCGAAGUCCCCGUAGCCCAGGACCCUGGACUUCUACAGAGUCUUUAGCCAGUGAGGAUGGACGGGGAUCAUCCCAGAGCCUGGGAGAGUCUGGGGGAGCCUUGUCCCUCGCCCCAGGACCUCCCCUUAGCCUUGGCCUCCCGCCACCACCAUCACCCCGAACAGUUUUAGGGAGAAACCCCAGAGUGGAGAAGACGCUGCUGGAGACGAGUCGGCGGCUGGCACAGGAGCAGGAGCAGGUGCCCGUUGGCACCGGACUUGGCCCUGGGCUGGGCUGGAAGAGUCCACUGAGCUCUGGCCGCAGCAGCCCUGCCCCAGCUGCCAGCCCGGCCCAGCUGCAGCAUGUCCGGGAGCAGAUGGCGGCUGCGCUGAGGCGACUUCGAGAGCUGGAGGGCCAGGUGAGGUCGCUUCCUGCUCUGCAGCAGCAGCUGCGCACCUUACGUGAUGAGAGGGCCCGUCUGAUCCAGGCUGGGCACCAGCUAGGCCCCGAACCUGAGCUGGAGCUGGAGCUGGACUCCGUGGCUCGGCCUGGGAAACUGGCUGAGUUACGCCGGCUGACCGAAAGACUGGCCACAUCAGAGAGGGGGACCAAGGCCCGAGCUCAGGCCCAGGGGGCUUCCUGUGAGACGGGCAUGGUAGCUGUGUCUGACACCCGGGAAGUGGGCACAUUAAUGGCGCUUGAGACGCAGGAGGUAGGUGUGUUGGCAGCAUCGGAGACCUGCGAGGCAGGCAUGCUGGCAACACCCAAGACUUGUGAAGAGGGCACACUGGCAGUGCCUGACACCCAUGAGGCAGCCACAUGGGUGACAGAGGAGCUUUUGGGGGUGCCGGAUGCAGCUGAGCGGGAGCUAGAGAUGCUGAAGAACAGUCUGGAACACCAGCGUGGGGUGAGUGCCUUCCUGCAGGGGCGACUCCAGGAGCUAGAGGCUGUUCAGCUCCUGAAGGAAGAGGAGGCAGCAUCGCGGUUACGACAAGAGGCUGCCACCCAGACCCCCAGCCACGCGGGGCAGGGGACCGUGGCUGACAAGGGCACGCAGGCUGAGCUGGGACCCCUGGAGCUGAACCUGGGAGAGGCUGCCCCCACUGGGCAUGAGGUCCCGUGCCCAGCGCCAGCUCAGCAGGGCAGGGUCACAGCCCAAGCUGGUACCCUCCGAUCCAUCAUGAAGAAACGGGAUGGAGCAGCAGAGCCCAGCUCUGGCCCUAAGAGCUUGCAAUUUGUGGGCGUCCUCAAUGGAGAGUAUGAGAGCUCCUCGUCCAGUGAAGUGGAAGAGGCCAGUGGUGACAGUGAUUCAGGGCCAGGGGACCCCGAGGGCUCCUCAGAUGACAGCUCUGGCUGUGCCGGCCACUCCCCACCUCACUCCCCAGUGAGCAGUUCUGGUGUCCAGGAGCAGCCAGAGCCUGGACAUGAUGCCCCUGACAGCCGGGAGAAGUUUGAGCUGAGUCCCCGCCUGAAGGAAGCCUGCCUGGUGCUUCAGAAGCAGUUGAGCCAACCCAGGGGCAGCUGGGACCGGGAGGGGACUGCCAGCACAUCACGCCUGGUACAGCAGGAAUGGUUUCGUGUGUCCAGCCAGAAGCACUCCCGCCCUGGUCCUGUGGCAGCCCUCUUGGCCACUCUGAACGCACACUCGCCAGCCUUGCUGGCCCACGUGGUCAACCUGGCUGAUGGUAAUGGCAACUCGGCCCUGCACUACAGUGUCUCCCAUUCCAAUUUUGACAUUGUACGCCUGCUGCUGGAUACUGGAGUAUGUGAUGUGGAUCAUCAGAAUAGAGCAGGGUACACAGCCCUCAUGCUGGCUGCUCUGGCCUCUGUGGAUGGAGAGGAUGACAUGGAUGUAAUUAGGAGGCUGUUCAGCUUAGGAAAUGUCAAUGCCAAAGCCAGCCAGGCAGGACAGACAGCCCUGAUGCUGGCAGUGAGCCAUGGUCGGCAGGAUAUGGUGGCUGCCCUGCUGGCCUGCGGGGCUGACGUGAACCUGCAAGAUGAGGAAGGCUCCACAGCCCUGAUGUGUGCCAGUGAACAUGGGCGUGUGGAGAUGGUAAAGCUCCUCCUGGCCCAGCCAACCUGUGACCAGGCCGUCUUGGACAAUGAAGGCACUAGUGCCCUGGCCAUAGCCCUGGAAGCUGGACAGGAAGAAGUCGCUGCCCUGCUGCAUGCACACUUAAGUUCAGCUAAACCAGGGCCUUUGACACCACCAGCUUCUCCUGAUUCUGAAAGCAGCGAUACUGAUGACAAGUGUUGUGAGAGCAAGCAGGAUGCUGGGCCGAUGUGAUUGGCCACAUCACCUCCUGGUCCCAUCCCAGCUAAACCUAAUUUGAUGCUCUUGUUCUCUUUCCACUAACCCACCUGAUAGUGAAUAGCCUGGACCUGUAUAGGCUCCCAGUUAGUGUUCCACAAAGCACCUUAUAGCGAAAAGCCUUUUUAAACUGGUGGGAGCAAGCACAACUGAAUCCCAAGGUUCUCAGGGAAGGGUGAAAGUCACCCAGCGAUAACUUUGCAUUCCCCAGUUCCAGGCUUGUAACAAGCCAACAGAUUUACAUGAAGAAUCUCCAAAAAUUAUCCCUAGCACUUUCUCAUUCUGUGAACUGCUAGUUCUUAUUUUCCCCAAGUGCUCCAUCUAGCCACCGUGCCAUUUUAAAUGGUUUCUCAUUCUUGGUUCCUGUCAAUUAAAGCCCUCCAGCUACCACACUCAGGACCCAGAAAGGGAAAAAGAUGGUUGUAGUAUAAAGCACACCAGUUUGGGCUUGGGUGACUGUGUACUGGUGUCUUACUGCAAGGUCAGGCCUCAUUUCUUUACACAGUCCUCUAUAUAAGGUCUCUCCUACUUUAGACCUUACAAGGCAGAGCAGAUUAGCUCUACAGUCCCGAAUAGCCAGGCCUCAGUUCUGUCCUGUUCUGAAAUAGGAGGUCCCCAAUCCAAUCUGGGGAAACAGAAACUUUCCAAUAAAAUGCAAUUAUCUGGUUACA